AUGGCUUUCAAUGCCUUCUCACAAGGCGCAACAGGCGGAGGUGGCAAUGCGAGUGGUGCUGUAGAUGGGCAACCGCUGCGGACUAUCCAAACGGAGGCUCUUGGUUUCCAGACUAUUGCAGGCGACUCCAAAAUCCGCCUGACGAGUCCAUGGUCCCAACCACCACCCUCGACGGCCGCGCUCCUCAGCAUCGCUCCGAAACGGGGACUUGCCGCCGCCGCCGGCCCCGACUACAUUGCCUUUGCCACGACCGAGUCCAUCCGCAAGGCCUUCGAAGCGCCCAAGGAGGGCGAGUCGGACGUGCGUGGCUACGAGCCACAGCUCAAGAUGCCCAUGCCCAUGCGCAUCUCGCAGCUCGCCUUCACCGCCGACGAAAGCUACUUGCUGCUGUCGGCCGAGUCGGGCGGCGGCCUCGCCGUCUACGAGGUACAGGCGCUACUGCAGGGCGCGACUGGCCCGGCUUUUGAGCUGCCCACCGGCGGCCAGGCCCUCCGCGCCCUCGCGCCCAACCCAACCGCCGAGAAGGCCGAGCUGUGCGCUAUUGUCACGCAAUCGGGCGAGCUUCUCAUGGCGAACCUCCGCGAGCGGCAGGUGAGCGACGUGCUCAAGUCGCAGGUCAGCUGUAUCAGCUGGAGCGCCAAAGGAAAGCAGCUGUGUGCUGGCCUUGGGGACGGCUCCAUCCGCCAGAUGACGCCAGAUGGACAGGGCAAGGCGGAGAUCCCCAAGCCUCCAAGUCUUGGUGAAUGCCAUGUUUCCUCUCUUACCUGGCUGGAAAACCAUCUUUUCUUAGCCAUUCACUCUUCCAGCAACUCGCCCGCCGCUUCUGCGUAUCACAUCAUCACCAGAGAGCCGCCUUCGUCUUUUCAAUUUCGAAAGCUCGCCGAUCCUGUUGAGCCUUUUGGUUCCGAAAAGACGCCUCACCACAGCAUCCUGCGUCUACGAAAUUUUGAUCCAGACCUGCAAGACUUGCUUAUGAUUGCCUCGACAGCUUCCAGUGACGUCGGCCUGUUGACUCGAUCCAAACGGCCGCUCGCCAAUGAAUGGCCAGCGGACCAGAUUUCAGGCGUUUUCACCACAACUGAGCUCCUCGAUGAUACGAGGCGCCCGACGCUUCCUAUGACCGAUUCUAUGGAUGAUUCUACGCCGGUCGGUGUAAGCCUGGACCUGUCGAGUAAAGAGAGGGUGUACCGUCCUAUUCCCUCCGACGAGGAGCUCAAGGAGUCUCCGAGCCCGCUCCCGGGUCUGUGGGUCUUGACACAUGAAGGCAUUCUAUGUGCUUGGUGGCUCGUGUAUACGGACUCGAUCAGACAGGGAACUACAUACUCUGGCCUCGCUAUUGCUGGCGACUCGGCUGCUAUGCCUCCUCCCGCACAGCCUGCCACUCCGGUAGCCUCUCCAUUUGCCCCUGCAAAGCUCUCUGCCUCUGCCUUUGGCUCUACAACGCCCGCGGCGCCGGCCUUUGGGGCCCCGUCUGGACUGGGUCAGUCUUCUCCUUGGGGCUCCGGCGGCGCAGCCACUUCUACGCCGUCACAGAUGGGAGGUGCCGCAUUUGGCCAGAGCAGUUUCGGCAACGCACCGUCGACACCAGCGCCUGCCUUUGGAAAACCUUCAUCUAUUGGCUUCGGCCAAUCCUCCCAGCUGGGCAUGAGAACCUCGCCUUGGAAUGUUGGCGGCGGUAAUACUGCGCCGGCAUUCGGACAGUCGAGCUUCGGCAGCUUUGCCAGUGCAAAUAACCAAAGCCCGUUCUCAAGUACAGCAGUGAACUCCAAUAUUGACGGAGCCAGUUCCACUACACCUGCCUCGGGGGGUUUCUCCGGCUUUGCCAAAAACACCAGUGGCUUUGCGGCCGCUUCAAAUAGCUCUGGUCCGAGCGUUUUUGGCAGCGGCGCGGCGAAACCAGCAAAUAACCCGUUCGCCUCCACGACGACACCGGCGGAUAACCCUUUCACGCCCAAGGAUAAGGCGGGUGGAAGUGUUUUUGGCUCUACUCCCUUCAAGCUCGAGAGCUCAUUCAAGCCGGAUCCAUCGGCCAAGGAUGAUGCUAACCCCCCUGCAGCUUCUGGAUCGAUGUUUGGUAGUGCGUUCGGGUCAGCUCUAACAGGUGCCGGGAAUGGCGCAGACUCCUCCAUUGUCAUCGCUAAGGACGAUGAGAUGGGCGACGAUGACGCUCAGCCACAAGCACCGGAGCCGCCAAAGUCGAUCUUCGCGACCAAGCCAGCUGAAGUAUCGACAACACCAACCACUACACCUGCGCCAAGCCGUUUCGGAGCCGUCACCUCCCCAGCUACGGGCAUGUCCGUCUUUGGACAGCCCACCGGGCUUGGCAGCCCGUUCUCCGGCGGCAGUCUAUUUGGGUCCAAGCCUGACUCGAAUGAGGCCAAACCAGCAUCUAGCAUCUUCUCUCAGGCUUCCUCCACAUCUAAGACGGAGCAGCCUGCUAAGAAGGAGCUUGAAGCACCGCUGCCUCCUGACGCAACUAGCAGAAUAUCGUAUCCUCUGGGUGAGUCCUCGUCGUCUUCUGUAUCUCCAAGUUCCACUAGCCAACUGUUGGGUUUUACACCUCCAGUAAAAGCAAAUGAAGAUGGGACCCCUCUGCCUCCCUUCUCACUCGCGCCAAAAUCUACGAAGUCGGAAAAAAACAACAUUGCCGAUGAUGCGCCCUUGCCUCCAUUCACCAUGGCGCCGAAGGAGGCUACGACGGCUGAGUCCGCGCCUCUCCCACCGUUCCUUAUACCAAAGCCAGCCAAACCCGAAGAGGCGCCGCUACCACCAUUUACCAAGACAGCAAAGGUCGCUGAACCACCCGCACCUCUCCCACCAUUCGGAGCAGUCAAGUCAACGAAAGCUGCUGAAGCUACCCCUCCCCCCCCGUCAACAGCAUCAAAGUCGACAAAGCCUGCCGAGUCUAACCCGGUGCCUCCUUCAAGCCAAAAGCCGAAAUUUGGGAUGUCCCCGUCGCUGUUUCCCUCUGGAGACACGUCGGUAUUUAAGUCAACAAAGCCAUCAGGACCAACGCCAGCUUUUGUGGCGCCGAUCGGCCCUCCUCCCACUGACUCUGACGAUAGUGACGAUGACGACGAUGGCGAAGAGGAUGAUGUAGAAGAAGUUGAAGCAGAUGACGACGGCGCUGGAUCGGAGGGAAGUGGUGUUGAUGUUGCCAAGGAUCUCAGCCCAAGUACUACUGGUCUUGUGCAGACGCCUGGUCUUACCCCUCAGAGCUCGUUUGGUGGAAUGACAAGCACGACUCCCGCAACAGCCCGCCCUGAGCAGAACGCCGGCCGGGCCCUGUUUGGUGAGGUGGCUCGUAAUGCGCCUUUGUUUGGCAAACCGAAGAAUGGAGUCAGUCCUCGAUCUCCAAGCCCUUUGCGUGGUGCUAUUCCAAACCGUGUCAUUCGCUCCGAGGCCUCUAGGUCUGUCAGUGCGCCUGGUAUGGCCUCUCAAAUCCUUGGUCACAAGAGCACGCAAUCACAUCUCGCCCAGUCAAUCACGAGUCGCCAGCAAGAGAGCAGCGACCCAUUCCUGUCACACCAGCGAAAGCUCCGCGAGCAGCAAGAAGCAGCAGAGACGAAGCCACUUGUGGAUAAGGAGGAUGAGGAAAUCCAAAAGAUUUUAUCUUCCGAGGUGGAGCCCGCACUAGAGCUGGAUGAGUUUAUCGCCCACUCCAAUGUGGCUCCUCCAGCGGAAGAUAGCAUUCCAGCGCAAGUUGAGGCCGUGUACCGCGAUAUCAACUCCAUGAUCGAUACUCUCGGUCUUAAUGCCAGAGCUGUCAAGGCAUUCACGCAGGGCCACAGCGAAGUUCGUGGUGAGGAAGGCCGCAAUAAGGAGGAUCUUGAAACUGCUGAUGAGUGGGUUCUUUGCGAAACAGAGGAUCUGGAAAACCUGCUUUCAGUAGACCUUCGUGAUGCCCUUGUUGACGCGCAGGUCCAAGAUCUUCCCGAAAAGCUUGAGGCUUGCCAGGAGCUGGCUAGAGACAUGCAUCGGCUACGUGCUAAACAGGAGGAUCUCAAGCGAGUUGUUCUGGCACGAAUGGACCCCGACCAAGCAGAUGUUGCCCGGUCGUUGCCGCUCAGCGCAGAGCAAGCCGCGCAGCAGAACGAGCUGCGCCGCGAAUACGCCAACUUUACAAAGUUGUUAACCAAUGCAGAGGAAGCCCUUACCCUACUCAAGGCACGUCUCGCGUCCGUGUCGGGUGCUUCGGGCAAGGCUGUCGGCUCUGUGCCUACGGUUGACGCCAUAAUCCGCACCAUUACCAGGAUGACGACGAUGGUUGAGAAGCGUAGUGGCGAUAUCGACGUCUUGGAGAUUCAGCUCCGUAAGAUGAAACUGGGAUCCGUUAGUCGUGAAGGUUCGCCGAUGAUGACGCCCCAAGCCCGACGCAGUCGCAUGCUUUCACCAGAGGCGACGCCGUCGCGCGCGAUGCGCCACAGCAUUUCAUCAACCAACGGUCUACUGUUCGGUCAGUCGAUUCGCGCGACGCCACCCAGGAAGAAGCUCAGCGGUUUCAGCCAGGAGGAAAAAGGCGAUCUCAUGGACAAGAGAGCCAGGAGAAAGGCAGUGUUGGAGAAACUCAGGGGCAGCGUGGAGAAGCGCGGCGUCAGCGUCUGGAGCAUGGAGGACGUUGAAUAA